GUUACAUAAAGUGUCCUCCGUUACAUCAUGUCGAAGAAUUUCGACAGAAGACAGACAUGAACCAAAGUAUGACAUGGUGGUUGUAGGUGGUGGCAUCGUGGGAAUGGCAGCAGCUCGAGAGUUGGCCCUGCAACAUCCGCACUUGAAACUCAGUGUUGUGGAAAAGGAAAACCAGUUGGCAUUUCAUCAAAGUGGCCACAAUAGUGGAGUGAUUCAUGCUGGAAUUUACUAUAAGCCAGGAUCCCUAAAGGCCAAGCUCUGUGUUGAAGGCCUGCACCUCUCUUAUAAGUAUUUUGAAGAAGAAGGAAUUCCUUAUAAAAAGUGUGGAAAACUCAUUGUAGCUGUUGAUGACAAAGAAAUUGGAAGGUUGCAUGACUUAUUUGAGCGAGCAAAACAAAAUGGUGUUCCAGAUGUAGAACUCAUUGAAGGACAUGACAUAAAGAAAUAUGAACCUUACUGUCAUGGUGUGAAAGCUAUCUGGUCUCCACAUACUGGCAUUGUUGACUGGGGUUUAGUAACAGAACAUUAUGGAAAAAAUUUUCGUGAUCUAGGUGGCAGCAUCUAUCUUGACUUUGAAGUUAAAGAUUUUAAUUUAGUAAAGGAAGGUGGAGAUGAAAACUUUGACACAAAAUACCCAGUUCGAGUCGUCAGUGAUGGAAAGUCUGUCAGAUGCAAGUAUGUGCUGACAUGUGGAGGUCUUCAGUCUGACAAGCUGGCCAAAUUAUCUGGAUGUAAUGAAGAUCCCAGAAUUGUACCAUUUCGGGGAGAAUACCUACUCCUGAAGGAAGAUAUGACUCAUCUAGUGCGUGGCAAUAUAUAUCCAGUUCCAGAUCCACGUUUCCCUUUUCUUGGAGUGCAUUUCACCCCAAGAAUGAAUGGAGAUAUUUGGUUGGGCCCCAAUGCAAUAUUUGCCCUUAAGAGAGAAGGAUACAGAUGGACUGAUAUUGAUCUUCGUGAGUUAUGGGAAUCCAUCACUUACCGUGGUUUCCAAAAGCUUGCCUUGAAAUAUGUAACUUUUGGUUUUAAAGAGGUUCUUCGAUCUGCUAUCCCAAGGCUUCAGGUAGCAACUCUACAGAAAUAUAUUCCUGAAAUAUCUGCCAAACACAUCACCCGUGGCCCAGCUGGAGUACGUGCACAAGCAAUGAAUGUUGAUGGCUCACUAGAAGAUGACUUUGUAUUCCAUAGAGAAACAGACUGCAAACUGGGUUCUCGCAUUCUUCAUUGUCGCAAUGCUCCUUCUCCCGGAGCCACAUCAUCACUUUCAAUUGCAAAGAUGAUUGCUGAAAAAUGUAAAGCAGAAUUUGCUUUAUGAACUGCUCCAAAACACAGUAGUAAGUUGUGAAAUCAAACGAUGUGAUAAAAUCUAAAGAGAGUUGUUUCUCUCCAUUAAAUAACUUUCAUUUUUAGAGAAUCAGAAUGUCUAAGAUAAUGGUUAUUUUAUGUGCAGUAUAAAAAAUUUAUUUUAAUAAUUUGUGUAGGUAUCAGUAUAUCUUGAUACUACCAUCACAAGGAUACAAAUAUGAGAUCUACCAUCACAAGGAUACAAAUUUGAGAUGCAGUCAAAAAGUUUCAUAGCUAUUUCCAUUGCAAGGAAACAGAGCUAGGUUACAGUCAUAAGUGCCCAGCAGAAGUAAGCAGUAACUUUUAUGUCAUUAUGCUAAGGAGUGUCUACCAUUGGGACCUGUGCUAUAUUAGUUUUUCCACUCAUUCACAUGCUCUCACAUUUUCAAAAUGAUCUUCAGAAUGAGCAAUGAGCAAAUACCUAUCAAAUUGUUUUAGACUUACUGAAGUGGGCAAGCUAGUUUGAGUGAUGUACAUAAUGCACUGAGGGAUGCUGUGGCAAUAAGACACCCCUACAGGAGUGCGUCUCCCAAAAGAUAAAAUUUCAUCAAGAUAAUUGGAGCACUAUCAAGGAAGUUGUGUACAGCAUUUUUGUAAUAUCAGCAUGUGUACCAGAACAAUAUAUGCCAUUAUGAUGAGAACAUGCACUGUGUCCCUGCUGAGUUUCCACUUGGGCAGGCUGCCUUAUGACCCCACCAACACUUCCCAUGCAGUAUUGAAAAUAUGCAUAGCUUUUCUCCAACACCAGGACACCUUAUAUACCUGAUUUGUCACUCUGUGCCUACAUUCUCUUCUGUAAGAUUAACUUUGAAACAAAGGAUCAUGAUUUUGAUAUAAGGAAAGAUGCAGCAUGUUACAAACAUUUGACAAUCUUAAUACCAAGACUUUCGGAAAAUGUCCUAAGCAUGGCAGAAACACUGUGGAUGAUGUAUCACUGCAUCAGGUGGUAAUUGUGAAGAGGAUAACAUCCAAAAUUGAAUAAGGUAUGGAUUUUGUAUUUGUAAACAAUCUGUAACCUAUGAUAGUAUCUCCUACCUCAGAAUCAGUUCAUUUACUGAGUCCAUUUGCUCAUUUACUUACCUCAUUAUUUGUUUGAAAUCAUUUCCUGUGAGAACAUCAUAAUUAUUUCAAACUAUCUCCGUAGGAUUGAUUCUGGGUUUUUUUUUAAGCUACUUGAUGGAUAGCAGGAUUUUGUUGCACUCACCUGUUAAUUCUUUCAUGCAACUAGAAUAUGAAUAGUAAGGACUAUUCUACAUAAGAACAACUCUGUGGAUGAUAUAUAUUGUCAUAAAAAGCCUUAAAAGUAUAUUUUUAACAGCAUUUGAUACAGCAAUCUGAUAACACCACCACAUAAAAAUCAUAUGGGUGGUAUCUCAUUUUAUGUCAGUUUAGUGUAUCAUAGAUUUCAGAUGUUCCUUUAACAUUGUGAUAUGUAAUAUAUAUAUAUAUAUAUAUAUAUAUAUAUAUAUAUAUAUAUAUAUAUAUAUAUAUAUAUAUAUAUAUAUAAUAUAAUAUAAUAUAAUAUAAUAUAAUAUAAUAUAACAACUAAUCAUAGAUCCCCAAGUUCUUCCACCAAUGGCUGAUAUAGAUUGUGUUAUUUUCAUGUUUUUUUCUCUUAACUGUUUAUGCUGUUUUUAAGUUGUCCAUUUAAAGAAAAACUCAUACAUUGCUCACCACAUCUUGCCUCAGACUCAGGUUCCAGCCAACAUUACUUCCUAUUUGUGAUACAGGAAAGUUUGGUUGUGGAUAGUAUGUAGAAUGCUGGUAGCUGUUGCCUGGUGUGGUUAGCAUGCUUAGUUCCCACUUGAAUGGUGCAGAGUUUACAUCCUUUGUAAGAUGAAGACUAUAUUGAUGGGGUCCUUUCUUACUGUAGGGCACUUGCUCACAUUACAAAAAGUCAGUAGAUACAUAGAUACUGUAGAUAAAGUUAUUAAUAACCCAUAGUUUAAGGGCCAGCAAUCCUCAUUUUAUUUAUUUACUUUUUUAUUUAUUUAUUUUAUUUUAUUUAUUUAUUUAUUUUUUUUUAUUUAUUAUUAUUUUUUCAUUUUAUUUUAUUUUAUUUAUUUUCUUUUGUGAUGUCUUGAUUUCAUGUUUGUUCUUAAGGAAUAGAAAUCACACAAUAAUAUCAGUAUGAGUUGAGCUGUUAAGAAUGGAAAACAGAAUUACUGAUGAUGUCAGAAGUGAGCACCAAGAGAUAUCGGAUUCUGCCCAAGUUUGUAAUAUUAGAACUUCAGAUACAGUCUGGUGGAACAGGUGUAGAAGUAUACAUUACUUAGUUCUUUUAGGGACAGGCUAAACUUGCCUACAGGGAUACUGUUUACAACCUAUACCUAAGCACAAUUCAAUUUGAUAUAAAAUGGUGCAUAUUCCUUAGGAUUAAUUUUAGAGUUACAAUCUACAUAUUUUAAGCUUAUCUUUACUUAAUAGUUUGUUGUCAAUUUUUGCCUUCACUUUUUUUUAUACCUGAGGUGCAUUUUUCCAAUAUGUCUGUAAAUGUGUUAUGUAGAAUCAUGUAUGUGCAUCAAACUGAACCAAAACCAAACAUCAUGUAAACUAGUUAGCUUACUGCCACACCACAUUAACUUCUGGUUGACAUUAAUAGUGUUGGAUCUGUUUAUCUGUAUGCAUGUUAGCAACAGUGUACUGAAAGAUGUACAGCAUUCCUAUGCAGUAUACUAGUCUUGUAAAAUGUGAAUGCAACAGAACAACUAACUUGUAGAAUGACUAUGGAGUGUCUUUUUACAGUCAGUAUAGUAAUAGUAUACGUGUAUAUAUAUAUAUAUAUAUAUAUAUAUAUAUAUAUAUAUAUAUAUAUAUAUAUAUAUAUAUAUAUAUAUAUAUAUAUAUAUAUAUAUAGUACUUAUUAAACUAAGCAUAUCAAUAAAGUAACUCUUCACUGUGAGAAAUGUUCACAGCCAUCAAAGACAUUACAUUUUAAGCAGUAUAUAUCAAAAUGUACAUCAUGCAUCAUCAGGACAAGUUCUGCUCCAUCUUAUAGAUAAGUUUGCAUCAAGCUGAUGUAUUUAAGGUAUAUUACAAUGGAAUCUCAGUUCUCAAACUUAAAUUGUUCCUGAAUUCUCUUGAAAUUCAAAUUCUUGGAAAACCAAAUUAUUUUCCCCAUAGGGAUCAACAAAAACUUGAUUAAUCCAUUCCUAGACACCCGUCCACCACAAUGGUCCUACUGGAAUAAUGGCUGUUUCACAACACUUCCAGCUCAGGUAUUAUUUAUCCAGAAAGAAUGUAUUGAAUGAACUUAUUGACAAACUUGUCAGAAGCCACUGUUUAGACCAUGCAGGUUGUCACCAAUCUAGUGAAGGGAAACCUUACAGAGUGACACAGAGUGAAGGAACUCACCUCUCACAAUGAAGGCAACUGAAGCAAGUGAGUUCAAAAUUUUGUUAAGAAAACAAUUUAUUUGAAAAUGGAGUCAUUUGGUAACUGAGGUUCCACUGUAUACAUAGAUUUAUGGAACGAAAAAAUUUUGUGUAUAAGAGUUUAGUGGAAUUAGAAUUGGAGUGCAAUGCAAUAAAAGUAUUGAAUAAAGGUUCCUUUCAGUUUUUAUAUAGUGGUAGGAUUUAUUCAUAUUUUUUUGUACAGUUAGGGCUAUGUCUAAAAGUUUAAGUUUGGCUGACAAAGGAUUCAGGGAUUCAGUCUGAAACAUGAUUCCAAGGAAUUCUUCAUUUGCAAUUUCAUGUGGUUCUUUUGCUUUUGAUACACAUCUUGUUCUUUCAUUAUUUUCUUUAUUUCUUAGUGUGUGUUAUUAUUUAGCUUGCUUUAAAUGGUUCAGUGGUAAUGACCAUGAUCAUGAUGGAAGUAUGUGUUAAUAGUAGUAGUAGUAGAUGCUUGGGUAUUGGUAUGCCAUUGAAUAAUCAGCUCCUUCAGGGUGGGUAAGGUCUACUGUGUAUUGCACUGGGUGAUCAGGCAUAAGAUUGUUAACUGUCACAAAGAAAAAUUAAACGUCAUUAUUUUCUUUA